AUGGCUUCAAAUCUCAAGAAACUUUCAUGCCUCCCUUUCUUCUUCCUCAUCUUCUUCUUCUUCGUUACCAUUUCCUCUGCGGAGCUUUGCAAUCCAAAUGACAAAAAAGUCCUUCUAAAAAUCAAAAAAGCCUUCAACAAUCCCUACAUUCUCACCUCUUGGGACCCGCAAACAGACUGCUGCCAUUGGUACUGUGUCAAAUGCAAUCGAACUACCCAUCGAAUCAUCUCUCUCACCAUCUUCGCCGACGACCGUCUCACCGGCCAAAUCCCACCCGAAGUCGGCGACCUUCCAUUCCUACAAACCCUUAUGCUCCACAAGCUCCCAAAUCUCACCGGCCCCAUCCAACCCACCAUAGCCAAACUACGUAACCUCGUAUUCCUCGACCUCAGCUGGAACGGUCUCUCCGGCGAAAUCCCAGAUUCCUUGAGCACUCUAAAAAAUCUCUUCAUUCUUACUCUCUCAUUCAACAAACUCACCGGAGAAAUCCCUAGUUCCCUCUCUGAACUCCCUAACUUGGGCGGUCUCCGGUUGGAUCGGAAUCAAUUAACAGGACAAAUCCCUGAAUCCUUCGGCUAUUUCAGCGGAGAACAAGCCCCGGAUUUGAUUCUUUCACACAAUCAACUUUCUGGCAAAAUCCCUUCUUCUUUGUCGAGAUUGAAUUCCACUUCCAUCGAUUUGUCCCGUAACAAACUUGAAGGCGAUGCGUCCAUGUUCUUCGGCGCCAACAAGAUGAUCCAGAUUCUUGAUUUGUCGAGGAAUUUGUUGGAGUUUAAUUUGUCGGAGGUAGUGUUUCCUCAGAGUUUGACUUCGUUGGAUCUUAAUCAUAAUAAGGUGUAUGGGGGUUUGCCGCCGGUGAUGACGGAACUGAAAUUGCAAUAUUUGAACGUUAGUUAUAAUCGACUUUGUGGUCCGAUCCCGGUGGGUGGGGAUAUGCAGAGUUUUGAUUUGUAUUCUUAUUUCCAUAAUAAGUGUUUGUGUGGAGCACCGCUUGGUGAUUGCAAAUGA